UCCUUGCUAUUAAUGUCCUAGCCAAAAUCUCUCUCUAAAAGCUACUAUCACUACAUGAUUCUAAAGAAACUGUUGAGGAGAAGGAACAUAAACCAAUAGCAGAACUUCUGGUUCUGUAUCUUUCAUUCCUAACAUAUGGCAGUCAUAGGUGUUUGAGAACAACCUUAGUAAUAAUAUAAAUUCGUUCCUCUUCUACAUAAGAGCCAAAGUCCCAGGACAGCCAGGCUAUUGGUUUUGUCUUUUUCACUAAUUAGAAGCUUUGGGUAUGGUUCCCAAGAGACCUGGAAAGGAAUCAUGGGCCCAAAUAGCUGGAAUGUUCCUUCAGUAUAGCUUUAUCUUCCUUUCUCCUGGAUUCCUGUAGUGCUAUUAAAGGGAAGGACAGCAUCUGCCCAGAACACCUCAGAGUCUAUUUCCAGUGGCUACUUCUGGUGUCUACCUUGUAUUUCUUUAUAGAUUGUGAGCCCUUUGGAAACAAGAUUUGGUAAUAGGAUGGGGGAGGAGAACAGCACUGUUAUUUCUGAAUUCAUACUUCUUGGCAUCUCAAGGCGACAAGAUUUGAAUGUGCUUUUCUUCACCAUCUUCCUCAUCAUGUACCUCACUACAGUGCUGGGGAAUCUCAUCGUCAUCCUGGCCGUAAGGCUGGAUGGCCACCUCCUCCAGGCCCCCAUGUACUUCUUCCUUAUCAACCUCUCACUGGUGGACAUCUGCUUCAUGACAACUACUGUGCCCAAGAUGUUGGCCAACACACUCUCUGGAGUUAGUAAGAUCUCGUAUGGUGGGUGUUUGGCCCAGAUGUACUUUUUCAUUGCCUUUGGCAUAACUGACAGCUUUCUUUUGGCUUCCAUGGCAUUGGACCGCUACAUGGCCAUAUGUCGGCCACUGCAUUAUGCUACAGUGAUGAGCAAGCAUGUCUGUUGGCUGCUAGUGACUGCCUCCUGGUUGGUCUCUCAUCUCCACUCUCUCCUGCACACCCUCCUGAUGUCUCGCCUCUCCUUCUGUGCAACCAAUCAUGUACUCCAUUUCUUUUGUGAUGUCUUCCCAUUGCUCAAGAUUUCUUGCUCCAAAACACUCCUGAAUACCCUGGUGGUGCACACAGAAGGUGCACUAAUUGUCAAUGGAGCUCUAAUAUUCAUUGCCCUCUCCUAUGCACGCAUCCUGAUAGCUGUGCUAAGGAUUCCAUCCACUGAAGGAAAGCGGAAAGCUUUCUCCACCUGUGGCUCCCAUCUGACCGUGGUGGGCUUGUUCUAUGGCACUGUCAUCUGGGUCUACUUCCAGCCCUCAUCCAGCUUCUCAGCUGAAAAGGAUACACUGGCUGCCAUCAUGUAUACUGUAGUCACACCCAUACUCAAUCCCUUCAUCUACACCCUGAGGAAUGACAAGAUGAAGGAUGCCCUGAGGAAACUUUUGGGUAGGAAGGUCAACACCUAAAAGAAGCAGGUCUAACUUUUGUCAAUAUUCAAGAUGAAAGGGUUAGGGUUAUGGAACCAGCAGCACAUGAAGAAGCAGGUGACAGACUCCUUGCUCUCCAAGGCAUGUGUGUGCAGUUGUGCUGGUGGCAUUGCAGAGGAGACCGCCACACUGCCUUGGAAAGUUGAGCCCAGGAAGGUUGCCACUGAGCUCAGUGGCUGCUCAUGCCCCUGCCAGUUAUGAUGGGAUGAUAUCGGGCCAUGCUGGGGCUGGGCUGCAGCCAGGCCCACUAGUCUUGGCUGCACUGCCUUGGUGGGGAGGUGUCAGGGCAGCAGCAGUCACAGUCUACUCUCAGUUCUGCCUGUCUGGGAAAUUCCUGCAGGCUGGUGGUGGCAUGGGGGGAAAUAUCCUGCAUGAUUCGGGGGGGGGGGGGCAGAGACAGUGGGGGCUUCUGCCCCCCCCCGACUUCUGCCCUGAAAUCCAGUGGGAAUGGCGCCACUAAAUAUGCUAUUUAUCCCAGCCUAGCUCUUAAGGAAGGCCAUAAAAACAUUAGAAGAGUUUUGCUGGAUCAGACCAAAGGGUCACUGAGUUUCUCACAAUGGCCUGUCAGAUGCUUCUGAGAUGUCCGCAAGUGGAACAUCUGAAUAACAGUUGCAGAGAAACAUCAGUGCUGCUUCUCCUACUGCUGCUUCCCUACAACAGGCAACAUACAGUACCACCUAUGAACCUGGAUGUAGUAUAUAGCCAUUAUGACUAAUAGUCAUUGGAUAAACCCAUCCUGCAUGAAUUAUUUAAUCCCCUUUUAAAGCCUUUUUAAGGCUAGUAUCUAUCACCACAUCUUGUAGCAGCAUCAAAUUAAUAAAUAAUAAUAAUAAUAAUAAUAUCCCAUACUUUCUGUAAAGAAAUGCCUCCUUUUGUCUCCUUGAAUCUCCUGCCAAUCGGUUUUAUUGGAUGGACCCAGGUUCUAGUAUUAUGGGAGAUAAAACUAUUCUAUUUUUCCAUAUCAUGCAACGUUUUAUAAACUUCUAUCAUGUCCCUCACUUUAGUCAUCCUUUUCCAAACCAGAAAGCCCCAAAUGUUGUAGCCUUUCCUUGUAAGGAAGGUGCUUCAGCCUCCUGAUCAUUUUGGUGGUCCUUUUCUGUACUGUUUCCAGCUCUUCAAUAUCAUUUGCAGGAUAUAUUGAUCAAAAUUGCACACAGUACAUAGGAAGCUGCCAUAGACUGAGUCAGACCAUUGGUCUAUCUACCUCAGUAUUGUCUUCACAUACUAGCAGUGGCUUCUCCAAGGUUGCAGGCAGGAAUCUCUCUCAGCCCUAUCUUGGAGAUGCUGCCAAGGAGGGAACUUGGAACCUUCUGCGCCAUCCCGUAAGGGGAACAUCUUACAGUGCUUACACAUCAAGUCUCCCAUUCAUAUGCAACCAGGGCAGACCCUGCUUAGCUAAGGAGACAACAUGCUUGCUACCACAAGACUAGCUCUCCUCUCCUCUUCCAUAUGUGGCUGUGUGAUAGUUGGCAGCAGCUCCAGUCCUGUCAAUCACCUUUUAAAGCCCAAGGAACUGUCCUCCAGGUGGGAUUCCUAAGGGAGGGGCUUUAGAAUGGAGCAGAGAGUGGCAGUCUUACUGGAACUGUCUUACUGGAAGCACAGAGUGUCUAGGGAUGGCCAGGGCUAGAGAGUGGAUCUCUAGAGAUAUAGGGUCUGUUCUGGUACUGGUGGGGUUCCAGGCACAGGUUGAGUAGGAUAUGUGCCUAUAAGUGAUCCAACUGUGGCUACCUCAGUCAAAUUGUUUUCUGUCUGUCCAUGUACACUGUGAAGAAUGUCUGCCAGUGGGUGUAAUCUGUGUGUCGUGAAUCUUGUAUCACUUCUAUACACUUUAGCCAAGUCUUGUGAUUGUCAUUAAAGAAACCAUUAUGAGUGUGAAGCACGGCAGAGAGAGAGAAACCUUUGAGCAGCUUGUACAUAAAUAAACUUGAUUUUGUUUUAUUUAAAAGUA